AUGUGUAUGAUAAAUAAUAAUACAUACAUUGGUACGUACUUUUAUACAAAAAUAUUUUAAAUGUUGUUUUUUUUUAAACCCUGUCUCUAUUACGAAAAGUCUCAAAAAAGAAAUCUCUUGUUCCCUUCGGAUUUGUUAUAGUACGAGGUCUAACCAAUAAGUAAUGAGACUAUUUCAAUAAAAUACGUAUAUUUAAAUAUUAAGAUACAUCGAUGUGAUCCCCUUCAAAGUACUCCCCUCCCACCACUAUACACUGGUUCCGACGUUUUUUCCAGCUCUUAUUGGUCAGACCUUGUAAGUUUUUACGGAUAUUAAAUUUACCUGUUUUAUAUUUUUCUAAUUUAUUUAUUAUUAAUAAAUAUUUUGUUUUAUUUAAUUGCAUUAAUUUUAUUAAUAAUGGUACAGAUUGUAUAUAAUGUAAAAAUUGUAUUACUACGAUAUUAUCAGUAAAAAAAAAAAAAUAAAAACAGCAUAGGUACUUUGAUAAAUGACUAUUCAUCAUGACACUCUAAAAUAUGUAAAGAAUAUACCAAUAACACGGAUAGGCAUAUCAUUUUUAGUAAAUACUAGCGUAUUAUUAUAAUUUGUAAUAUUAUACUACCUACCUACUGUACAUUUUAUGGAAUAAAAAUGGUCUUUGUCUAGUCUUUGUACUUAAAAUAUAAUAUUGUAUCAUUUAAAGAUCGGAAGUGAAUUGUUUUCGUUAUAGCGCUAAGUGUAUAUAAAAUGAGUGAAACCGACGGAAAAUACGAUAUCAUGCCGAUGAAUCCGGAUGACAAACCUACCGUCGUUCAAUUUUUAAAAGAAUUUUUUUUCCGACGUGGACCGCUGCUUAUGAGCUCAAAGUUAUGGGAAGACGCGGAAACGAUGGACAAACUCACAACCCACCGCUUGAGAAUAUUGGAUACCGGUGAACAUAAAAUAAUAUAAUUAAUAUUACCUACAUACCUAUAGUAAUAGUUUUAAGUUCGAAACGAAGCAAGGAAUGUAUUAGGUUAUACAACGAUGUUUAUUUUUAAUUUUAAUUUUUUUAUCUGGGAACCGCUUUUUUCCUAUAAAUCUUGUUUCCAUUUUCAAGUAUAGUACCUUUUGAAAGGAAAUUUUAUCUGGGUGGUGCAUUAAAGACGUCAUUUUUCAGAUUUUCCAAGUAAUUUUUAAAAUAAUUGGGAAAGCCGGAAAGAGACAAAAAAUAAGAAACGAACUAAUUUACGGCAUACUUUUUCAAUAUUAUCAAUUUCCACGCACGGCGUUUUCUACUAGAAAUAUCAUUAAUACAAACAACAAAUGACCUUUAUUGAUGAAUUUUUAAUGUGGGUAAGAAAAUCAUUUUUUUUUUCUACAGAUUUUUGAAUAAUUGAGCAAAACCAAAAAAACUUAGAAAGAACUAGACAACUUACGAAAAUAAUUCUUUAUUUUCAAUUUUGCAUUUUGUUGUAAUUCAGUUAAAAAUAGGUAUUCAUAUAGACUUGAUAUUUUAACAUAAAACUAUUUUAUUUUUCUAGGCACAACAAAACUUUGAAAGCAUUUAAACUAUAUUUACGUCAUUUGUAUUUAGUAAAUAGUAUGUAGUAUGUGGAUAAAAUUAUAAGGCUAAACAGAAAUGCUUGAAAAUUUGACAGGAGGUUCAUUAUAAUUCGUACUUAGUGGUAAAAAAAAUGUGUGUACAUAGCUGUUUUUUUUUUUCAUUAGAAUUUUAAAAUCAAAUUUCGACGAAAAUCGUAAAUAUUGCUUAAAAAUAUAUAUUAAAUAACUUUGUGUAUCCUAUCUUUCCGACUUCUCACCUAUACAGCAAUGGCACACCAGUCUCUAAUGAUUUAAAAGGAGUAAUAGAUGUUCGAAUCCAAUUUAUAAUUUCACUCAAUGCUGAAAAUUACGUUUCACGAGUUUUGGAGUUGGGACAAGUAAGUCGACAGCAAUUUAGUCUAAUUUCGACUACUUCGUCCCUGCAGGUUAUAGUAUUUAUAAUUUUUAAUUUGAAAUCUUUCUGAUGUAUUAUUAUCGUAGCUUUUUUUAAAUAAUACGAUUCUCAAACAUAGGUUAUAUCACAAUCAUUAAAGUAAGUUACCAUAAUCAUAGAAUAUAAUGGUCUAUGAUCAAAAAAAUUAUAAGCAUACAUAAUAUUAUUAUGAUCAUCUUUAUUUUUUCAGGAAUCGUUUUCAAAGCGGUGUCCACCAACGGGGAUUUGAUGGGCGUGAUUUUGAACGAAAUAAUAACCAGAGAUUGUGUGGGGCUUGAUGACGACGAAGACAGCCGCCGGCUUCAAGAGAAGAGCGUGAAUUUUAAAAAACUCAUGAAUUUUUACAAAAAAAUCGAUCGAGAGUCCGACGUUUUCGGAAAAUAUCCCGAAGUGAACCGCAUAAUGCACAUAAAUUUGGUCGCCGUAGAUGAUACGUUCAAGCGUCGAGGAGUGUGCACUGCUCUUUUCGAUAAAACCAAGUAAAUAUUAUUUAAUAAUAUGGUUGCAAUUCAUUUUGGAUGUCGCUACCUUUUCGAUAAUAAUUUAAUAGGUACCUAAUAAUAAGGAUGACAUCAUGAUAUUAUGAAUCACAAUUAUUACAUAUAGGUUAGGUAAAGUUAUACAUUUAUAAUCAUAAUUACAACUAUAAUCACAACUAGGGAAUGCUAGAGAGUCUUUAACACACCCAAAAUAUCCAAUAUGUUUUUUUAUAGUAAUGAUUAAAUAUUUUAUCCAUAAUUAAAACACGCGAUUGGAUUGAUGUCAUAUUAUCUGAUCAAAAUCCUUGUCAAGUAUGAUUGAAUCAAAACAAAUAAAAAUGUACAUACAAAUGCGAUUCAGAGUAACUUAAAAAAUUGUUAUAUUCUACAUUUUAACCACUUCUUUACUUAUUUUAUUACAAAAAAUCUCAUUUGAGUAUCUUUUAUUUAAUAAUAGUCAAAUCUUAGUAUGUAAAUACUCAUAUUUUAAGACAAUAUGAGUGUUCAAAAAUAUAUUAUAGGUGUUUUUAAUUGGACAACUACAUUGUUUGAAUCCAAAUCAAUCAAAUGAUUACUGAUAACAGUGUGAUAUGACGUCAGUGCAUGACGGAAGUACUAAUCAAGCGUAUAAGUAGAACAAAUACAGUUUACCCACAGACAAUGUGCGUGUGUUAAAAAGGUUGUGAUACAUUUGUAUACAAAAAAUUGAAAAUUAAAUGUGUAGUUGCUUAGUAAAAGUGUCAUGUAUAGGGGAUUGAGUAAAUUAUACCUAUGGGUCUGAAAUCUAUCUAUAAUUUUAGCACUCCCAAAGUUGAUGGUCUAGUUGCGCUUAUGGUUAUAACAAUAAUUUGUACUCUAAAAUAUUUCUUAAAAAAUGAUUUAUUAAGCUUCUUAGAAGUUUGGAGAUUUUUAAUUUUCAGUAAAUAUAGAAAUGGGCAUCGUAUUCAAUGAUAUCUAAUACCUUUAACGCGGGUACGACAUUAAAUUUAAAAUUAUUACAGAAAAGAAACGAUUUUGCUCGUCUAACUAUGUAGAUUUUAACUAAUUAAAAUAGUUUUAAAACCUAGAAAUUGACGCGGAAAAAAAAUUUAAAAAAUAUAAUAUUCGUUUAUGAGCCCCCUCCUAUUAUGAAAUCAAAAAUAUUUGACUUCCAGAUAUUAGGCAUGACCUUAUUCAGAAUAACGGAUCUCUGCGUCAAUUUUAUAGAACAACUGUAGCCAGGUUGUAGGAAUGUGUUUCAAAUAAAAUAUGACGUAUUCAUUACCGUGCGUAAAUUCCGUAUCUUUUAAUGUUAAAAUUUUUGUGAAAAAAUUAAGGUUUUAACAGAGCGAAAAAUAAUCGCAUGGACGUUAAAAAAGUUACAUUUUAAUGGUCGGUUUUAUUUUCAUUCGGGUUUCAGAGAAUUGGCGUUGGAAAACCAAUGUCCCGUGGUCCAUGUGGAGUGCAGUAGCCAUUUUUCGGCAGCUGCUGCGAUGAGACUCGGAUAUCGGUGUAUAUAUUCCUUGAACUACAGAAAAUUUAAGGACGAAGACGGUCAAACGAUGUUUAACCCGCAGCCACCUCACGAAGAAUAUCAAGUCCUCGUACUGGAUGUUUAA